UGAAAGAUGAGUACAAUUCAAGAAUGUUGAGAGGAUGUCAGAUGAAAGAUGAGUACAAUUCAAGAAUGUUGAGAGGAUAUUGGAUGAAAGAUGAGUACAAUUCAAGAAUGUUUAGAGGAUGUCAGAUGAAAGAUGAGUACAAUUCAAGAAUGUUGAGAGGAUGUUGGAUGAAAGAUGAGUACAAUUCAAGAAUGUUGAGAGGAUGUCAGAUGAAAGAUGAGUACAAUUCAAGAAUGUUGAGAGGAUGUCAGAUGAAAGAUGAGUACAAUUCAAGAAUGUUGAGAGGAUAUUGGAUGAAAGAUGAGUACAAUUCAAGAAUGUUGAGAGGAUGUCAGAUGAAAGAUGAGUACAAUUCAACAAUGUUGAGAGGAUAUUGGAUGAAAGAUGAGUUCAAUUCAAGAAUGUUGAGAAAAUGUCGGAUGAAAGAUGAGUUCAAUUCAAGAAUGUUGAGAGAAUGUUGGAUGAAAGAUGAGUACAAUUCAAGAAUGUUGAGAGGAUAUCAGAUGAAAGAUGAGUACAAUUCAAGAAUGUUGAGAGGAUGUCAGAUGAAAGAUGCAAAAGAUAUAUUUCUUAGUUUAAAAUCAAGGAAUAGAUGACCAAAUCACCUUUAACAAUAAUUGCUGUAUGCAAAUGAAAUUAUACAUCGAACAUGUAAUAAGGAAAAACAUUUUAUAAGCAGUUGUUUAUGAAAUGUAAAAGUACAAUUAAGAAAAAAUCUAAAGUCAGUUUAACUGCUUGUUUUUCAUUUGUGUUGCAUUCUAUUCUUUCUAAGUAUCACAUGAAUUUGGAUUUUUUUAAAUCUUUAAAAGUGAUAAAAAUGUGUAUAUUUUUAUGGUUCUGUUUUGGUCCAAAUUAGCUUAAUGUGAUGCAUAUAAUUUUAACUGGACACACUGUGGUCAAAUGUGGAUUUUUGAACCUUUGUAGGGUAUUUUCAUUUGAAAAUGUGUCCACUUGAGAAAUGCAAGUGAUUUUUGUAACAACUAAUUAAUUGGAUUGUUGUGUUAUUGCUUGUAUAAUUCUAAAUACAUCAGUCAAUGCCUUUUAAUGUGAAAAGUAAUAAGCUAAAAAAAUCGUCGUGAUGUUAAGAUUAAAGCAAUUCUCUGCUCCAGUUAUAAAUGUUUGCAUGGUAAUAUCUCUUUUUUUCUUUUUUUUUCCUCACAGCUGUAUGGAUUGAGAAGUUAUAAUGGAAAAUAAACUUCUUUUUAUUGAU